GAGUGCUGCUGUGUGGACUGGAGGCCGCAGUCUGCAUAUUAUACAAGCCAAUUUCACCUGAAUGAUCGAAUAAACGGCGCGUUUGCGGAUCCGGUUUUGAUGAAUAACUCGCCUGCAAGAGAUGCUGUUUCGGGGAGAUGUUUACUGAAUGCGAAGCACAUUCAUCAGAUCCAGCAUGCGGCAUUUUUACCUUCAGAUCGUGAACACAAACCUUCACGAGACACUGAACUGUCUGUGAUUUCUCCUCACCGUGAUUUGUAAAGCCGAUUGACUUUAAAGGCGUUAGUUCUUCAUGUACGUGCAUAUCAAACGGACGUUGAAGAUCUCUCUUUAUUUAGCCCUUUUAAUAACAACAGUGAAGGAUUAGUCCUAUUACAGUAAUUUGAGCAUCACAGUGAAGUACCAUGCGCUCCCCAUCCAAACCGCUAAUGCCCACAUAGAGCUCUCUGAACAGACACCCUCUGGCUGCAGAGGAUGCUGGGAAUGUGUCGUGGGCGCAGGAAGUUUGUGGCUGCCUCCCUCGCCCUGAUCUUCAUCCCUGCCCUCACCUGGCUCUAUCUGUCAUCCGCAAAUAUCACAGUCAAACCGCUGCCUCUGUCGCCGCUGGAUCCACAGUCGUCUGCAGUGGUCGGUGCGGCUGCGGAGCAUCUGGCGUUAGAGCUGAGACUCCGAGACGUGGAGGAGCACAACAAUGCACUGCGGCGAGAGAUUAGCAGGACUCCCAGGGUCCCAACCCAUAGCAGCCAUCAGAGCAACCGUCGCCAAGGCAACCAGUUACACACCCAUUCCACAGAAGAGGGUACAGGUGACAGUGAGGCUAAAAAAGGAGUUGCCUCGGGCAACAGCUCGGAUUGUGUGCCUCAGCCUGUGGUGAAGAAAUGUGAGACCAUUCAUAUUGCCAUCGUGUGUGCGGGCUACAACGCAAGCAGGGACGUCGUCACUUUGGUCAAGUCGGUUCUUUUCCACAGACGAAACCCACUGCACUUCCAUAUCAUCACCGAUUCCAUCGCCCGGAAGAUCCUCGCCGACCUCUUCCACACCUGGAUGGUGCCAGCCGUUCAUGUCAACUUCUAUGAUGCUGAUGAGCUGAAGUCUGAGGUGUCUUGGAUCCCUAACAAGCAUUAUUCCGGCAUCUACGGCCUGAUGAAGCUGGUGCUGACCAAGACGCUGCCCUCAGACCUGGAGAAGGUCAUCGUCCUGGAUACUGAUAUCACAUUCGCCACGGACAUAGCUGAGCUGUGGGUCGUCUUCCACAAGUUUAAAGGCCAGCAGGUUCUUGGUUUGGUGGAGAAUCAGAGCGACUGGUAUCUGGGUAACCUGUGGAAGAACCAUCGGCCGUGGCCAGCGCUGGGCAGAGGCUUUAACACUGGUGUGAUUCUGCUGUUGUUGGAUCGUUUGAGGAAGCUGAAAUGGGAACAGAUGUGGCGGCUGACGGCAGAGAGAGAGCUCAUGAGCAUGCUGUCUACGUCACUCGCUGACCAGGACAUCUUCAACGCUGUGAUCAAGCAGAACCCAUUCCUGGUGCACCAACUGCCCUGCUACUGGAAUGUCCAGCUGUCAGACCACACGCGCUCCGAGAAGUGCUACAAAGACGUGUCCGACCUCAAGGUGAUCCACUGGAACUCUCCGAAGAAGCUGCGCGUGAAGAACAAACACGUGGAGUUUUUCAGGAAUCUCUAUCUGACCUUUCUGGAGUACGAUGGAAAUCUGCUGAGGCGAGAGCUCUUCGGCUGUCCCAGUGAAACCGACCACAACUCGGAGAACCUCCAGAAAACGCUGUCUGAGCUGGAUGAAGAUGACCCGUGUUAUGAGUUUCGCCGUGAGCGCUUUACUGUUCAUCGCACGCAUGUUUAUUUCCUGCACUACGAGUAUGAACCCACUGUGGAUAACACUGACGUGACGCUGGUGGCCCAGCUUUCUAUGGACAGACUGCAGAUGCUGGAGGCCAUCUGUAAACACUGGGAAGGGCCCAUUAGUUUGGCGCUCUACCUCUCAGACGCCGAAGCGCAGCAGUUCCUGCGAUACGCUCAGGGCUCCGAGGUCCUGAUGAGCAGGAGCAACGUGGGAUACCACAUCGUCUACAAAGAGGGCCAGUUCUACCCCGUUAACCUGCUGCGCAAUGUUGCAAUGGGGCAGGUCAACACUCCCUACAUGUUCCUGUCGGAUAUCGACUUCCUGCCUAUGUAUGGACUCUAUGAGUACCUCAGGAAAUCUGUGGUUCAGCUUGAUAUGGGAAACACUAAGAAGGCUCUGGUAGUUCCGGCGUUCGAAACGCUGCGCUAUCGCCUCUCCUUCCCCAAAUCUAAAGCAGAGCUCCUGUCGCAGCUGGACAUGGGCACGCUGUUCACAUUCAGAUAUCACGUCUGGACGAAAGGCCACGCUCCGACAGACUUCGCCAAAUGGAGAACCGCUACGACACCGUACCGUGUCCAGUGGGAAGCGGACUUUGAGCCGUACGUGAUGGUGAGGCGGGAAAGCCCAGAGUACGACCGCCGCUUCGUGGGCUUUGGCUGGAAUAAAGUAGCGCACAUCAUGGAGCUGGACGCUCAGGAGUAUGAGUUUGUGGUUCUGCCCAACGCCUACAUGAUCCACAUGCCCCAUGCGCCCAGUUUCGACAUCACCAAGUUUCGCUCCAACAAACAGUACCGCGCUUGCCUGAAGACGCUGAAGGAGGAGUUUCAGCAGAACAUGUCUAGGCGCUACGGCUUCGCUGCGCUCAAAUACAUGACAGUGGACAACAACAGCUAGCCGAGCGCACGGACCUGCGAACCAAUGAAGCGUCUGCGUUUGAGCUGCUCCGGGAGCGCUGUGAGACAGCCCGAACUGAGACUGCAGGGUCAACGGGAGGCACGGCUCGUGAUCAUCCAUUCAUUCAGGGAUCUGAGGAGACGUUUAUAGCAGCGCCGCAGGGAACGUAAACUGCUGAUUAGAAGUCACUGAUGAACUUUUGUGAGAAGGUGAGCGUUCUGAAUAAAGGAUGAUGGUGGAAACAACACUGAUGCCAUUUGGAUUAAAGCCUUGAAUCUGUUAGAGCCGUGGUGAAAAAUCACAAGAGAAAUCACUUCUGAGUUAAUUAGAAGAUUUUCAAAGUGCAUCACUAUUCUCUUGAACUGAUUCUGAGCUUCAUUUUGAAGAGCAGAUAG